AAGCGCCAGAAUAAAUAUGCUGGCAAAUAUUACAACGUAUUAUGCAUAAUGAGCAGCAAAAUAAGUGCUGCGAGUAAAACUGUUGCCACGCGGAGUAAUAAAAAUAUAUUGGAAAAUAAUCAUCAAUUGCCUACUACUGGGUUAUCUUCAGGUGGCCUUGUUUCAUAUGAUAAUUGUAAUACAUUGAUAGAAGUAAUUGUAAAAGCUAAAGGUCACAAACGUACAUCAACCAUGGUCAGCAGCAGUCCAACUGGUCACAAAGCUGUAGAGGAGAAAAAAAGACCUGGCAGUAGUAGUGAUUCUCACCAAAGUUGGGGCAGAGUUUUAAGAGAACAAAAUAAAACGGUUAUGAAACAAGGCUUACAACGAUUGAUGACAAGAACUCCAGGUUCAAAGUCAUCAAAACAUGGUUGUGAAAUUAAAGAGACGAAGAAACAGUCUUUGAAUCAUCAAAAAUCAGAUUAUAAACAUUUAGAUGAAAUUCCUAUUAAACAACCAGCUUCUCAGAAAAGAAUAGAAGAACAUAUAAAAUCCAUACCGCAUAUUGCAAAUCCAUCAAGUACAUCAAUACCAAGCACUGUGGAGUCUAUUAUAGUUUAUGAUAAAGGGGUACAAUGUGAUGGAUUAUUUGAUUACUCUGAUGAUAGAUUUAGUGUGUUCAAUCCAGUUCGUACAUUAAGUUUUUUAAUAAAGGAAUUAGAACACUUAGUUAAGGAUGAUAAAGCUAAUAAAAUUCUUACUGAUAUGGAACAAGCACUACUUAGAGUAGCAGUGGAACCAAGCAAACCAGUUGUAGUGGUAUCAACUACAACUCAAUUAGAAGAAACAACUAGGCAAAUGAAUUCAAUGUGUGAAGCAUUACGCGAUGAGAGAGAUUCUUUACAACGACAAGUUCAUAAACAAGUCUUAUUAUUAAACGAAGCUCGAGAAAGACAAUUAGAUUUAGAAACAACAAUAAAGUCAUUAAAACAGGAAUUAGAAGAAAAAAUAAAAACUGUUCAAGCUAAAGAUAAAACAAUAACUGAGUUAACAGAAGAAAUUAAGGGUUACAAAUUUUCUCAAAAAGUUGUAGCUGAGUUAAGAAUGAAUCUUGCAGAACAAACAGAACUUGCACGACAGAGGCAUUUAGAGGUGCAGUAUCUAACACUUGAAAAAGACAAACUUUCAGUUUUAUCAACAUACAAAGAUUCGUUAUUAAAUGAACUUCGUAAUGCAAUCAAGGAAUUGCAAAAUCACAUCGCUGACCAACUGAGUGGUUUAAAAGAUAUUUAUGUCCACGAGGAAAGUUCAAAUCCACAAAUUUCAUUGGUGCACAGAGGUCUUGCAUGUUCAUCACCUACUUCUACCUCUUCACAUAAUUCCAAUAUACAUAUUUCUUGGCGUGAUAUAUCUGAUAUUUCUUUAUCUACGGCGGAUCACGAUCCGACCCAAAAAAGAAAUGUACAGAAUUUUCUGCAUAAAGCGGAUAAAAUAUCAGCAUUUUCAGAAACUCAAAUUGAAAAUUUAGAAAAGAAACGAACUAAGAAUAUUAAAGAAUCUUCGACUAAGGAUUCUGCUAAUUUAGACUUCAUUAGUUUACCUGGUGGAGAAUCUUCACUUACACUUUUACCUUAUAAAGAUUUUGGUUGUACAGAGAUGAGCAAAUCAGUUAAUAGAGGAAUGGGUGACGUAGUAACGUCGAGUAAUAAGAGAAGUGAUAAUUUAAGUAACUUCAAAAGUACCAAUAAAAUGCCAUCAUCGGAAAAUUUACAUUUAUCUCUUGAAAAGGCUUAUGAAAAAGAGACUGAUGGAAAAGAUUCACCUAGAAAUAAAAAAUUUUUGGAACCAAGUAAAAAACAAAGUUUUGGGAAAAAAUCUAUUGUAAUCGAAGAUACUGUUAAUAUACUAAAAGAUAAUUCGCCACAUAAUUUAAUAGGUUCUACUAUAACAGAACAAUUUCAGAAUAUAUUCCAAGACAUAAGAAUUCAAAGUAGAAUGCCAAUUAACGUACCAAGUCCACCAAGAAGUUAUCCUCAUCCUGAAUGGAGCGAUAGUACUUUACCUAGUAUUAGUACCGCCUCGGACAUAAAUGUGAUACAUCCCAAUGAUACUUAAAUUUUUAUUAAAUCUUUUAUAAAAAAAAAUAUUUAAUCUUAUCAA